AUUCCUGAGCUGAGUUCCUCCCGAGGCAGGUUGGAAGACAUCGGAGAAGAUGCAGUUUGUGACAGUGGUGUUGUUGAUGGCGUUAGGCGUUGCCAUGGUAACCAACAUGGCGGAGGCGGGAAAAAAGAGACAGUCUCUGAAGGAGGUCGUCCGGCAGUUGAUCGUCAAGAGGAGCCAGAAAACCCAGACUCCCACCAAGGCGCCCAGGGCGGGAGAAGAUGGAGGGAAAAAUACGGUUGCCUGCGGUGGCGACUUGACUGCUCCAUCCGGGACCUUCACGUCACCCAACUACCCGAGCAAUUACCCAGACACCUCAGACUGCAAGUGGCGGAUCAUGCCCCCUAGCGGCGGGCCAGUCACACUGCAGUUCCAGGAAUUACAGACAGAGAACGGAUACGAUCACGUGUCUAUCUACGAUGGCCUGACUCAAAAUGAUAUUCUCCUUGGAAAGCUCACCGGAAGUACCGCUCCAGCUGAUCCCAUUUCCGGUACAAACCCGCGAGGCAUGCUGGUCGUGUUCACAAGUGACUACAGCAUCAACUCAAAGGGCUUCACUGCAACUUAUACCACAGCCCACACCCCUGCUGAAUGUACCCAGUACACAUGCCCGUUAUCACGUGAGUGCAUCCACUGGAAAUGGCUGUGCGAUGACGUCAGGGACUGCGCUGACGGAAGUGACGAAAGCAACUGUUUCCAAUGUGACGCAGACAAGCGUAAGCCGAGCAGGAUGCCGCAGAGCUGGGUUUGUGACGGGAUAACCGACUGUCAUGACGGAGCGGACGAGUCAAACUGUAGAGACGAUCAAGUCUUCGAGGCUACGUGGUCCCAGUGGUCGGAGUGGAGCGAGUGUUCUGCUGAGUGUGAGGGGACGAGACAGCGCAGGCGCACCUGCAUCAUACCGGAAGGGGCGCCAUCUUGGAUCACCUGCAUCGGAAAUGACGUACAGAUCGAAGCGUGUGGUACACCCGGGCCAUGUACUCCAGAACCACAAAUCGGCUGCGGAACCCGCCAAUCAGAGAGGAGCCCGGAGCGCAUCAUCAACGGUCAGGACGCUCAGCGGGGGGCGUGGCCCUGGCAGGUGCAGCUGAAGCGAGGAUCCGGCACCACCCCCUUCUGCGGGGGCACUUUGAUUGACAGGGAGUGGGUCCUGUCUGCAGCUCACUGCUUCCACGGUUUCAACUGGCGCCCGACUGAUCUUCAAGUCGUGAUUGGAGCCCAGACUCUGCGCACCCCUCCCAUAGACGUAGGUUCCAUCGUGGUCACUCCUCUACAGUUCUUCAUCAAGGAAGAUUACGACCCCCAUAGGAUCAACAACGACAUUGCCCUGAUCAAGAUCCCACCAGUGAAUUUCCCUACUGAAUAUAUCAACACGGCCUGUCUACCAGACGCUCAAGAGAGGUUCGACCAAUCAUCAUUGUGUUUCACAACCGGAUGGGGAGUCACAGAGGAGGGUCGCAUGUCAGAAGUUCUACAGGAGGCCCGAGUGCCGAUCAUUGACAACGCCGUCUGCAACGGUCCCACUUCCUACGCCGGCGGAAUCACUGACGUCAUGCUGUGUGCAGGCUAUCUGGCCGGAGGUGUCGACGCUUGUCAGGGUGACUCGGGGGGUCCGCUGGUUUGUCAGAACAGCCAGGGCCGCUGGUCUCUGGUCGGCGUUACGUCAUGGGGCUACGGAUGCGCCAGCGAGAAUUACCCAGGAGUCUAUGCGCGCGUACAGUCAUUCCUGCCAUGGAUCGCGGACAAAAUGGCGGCCAACCGCGACUCUGUCGAGCCUGAAGGGUCCGGUGAUAACUAAGGACGCCGGGAACGAGAUCAUGACGUCGUAUGGGAACGAGAUUCAUCAAGUUGUGAAGAGUGGCGGCGAUAC